AUGUGGGGGUUGGCGGGGGGCCUGUGGCUGGUGUGGCUGGGGCUGUCGGGGGGCUUCCUGCUGUUGCUGGGGCUGCAGUUGGGCCUGGGCCGGGCCCUGCCCCCCGCCCUGCAGACCCUGCUCCGAUACGGAAAAAACCACGGAACCCAACAAACCCGAACGCACGUCCCCAAGAGAUGGUUUUCCCACUUCUACGUCGUGUCGGUGCUGUGGAACGGCUUCCUGCUCCUGCGCCUCGUCCAGGCCCUGUUCCUGGCGCGCCCGCUCCCGGCCUGGCUCCGCCGCCUGCUCGAGGCCCUCGGGGAGGGCCGGGGCCCAGGGGAUGAGCUGCAUCUGUCCGGGUUCCUGGUCCUGGCGUGCUUAUGGCUGCACAGCUGCCGGCGCCUGUUCGAGUGCCUGCGCGUCAGCGUGUUCUCCCCGGGCGUCAUGCAUGUGGUGCAUUACGGCUUCGGCCUCGUCUACUACGUGAUCGUGGGCCUGACGGCGCUCAGCCAGGUGCCCGACGUGGACGUGGACGGGAAGGGGUUGUCGCCGCAAGCCCGCUGGUACCACGUGCUCGGCCUGCUGAUGUUCGGCUGGUCCUCUGUCCACCAGCACCGCUGCCACGUCAUCCUCGCCGACCUCAGGAAAAACCCUUCCGGCCAGGUGAUCCACCUGAGCUACCGCAUCCCGCGCGGAGACUGGUUCGAGCGGGUGUCCUGCCCGCACUACCUGGCGGAGCUGCUCAUCUACGGCUCUUUUACCGUCACCCUGGGCUUCUUCAACCUCACCUGGUGGCUCCUGCUUCUCUACGUGCUGUUCAGCCAGGCCCUGGCCGCCACGCUGACCCACGACUUCUACCUCGCCAGAUUCCAGUCCUACCCGAAGGAACGCCGGGCCUUCCUCCCCUUCGUCUUCUGAGUCGCCCCCGGCCCCGGGCACCGGCCGCCGGCGAAGCCGGGAACCCCCGGAGACGGGCCGGCCGGUCCGUCGUGCGUGCGGAGCUCUGUGCUGAGCGCUGGGGAGGGUACAAGAGAACGUACAGACACGUACCCUGCCUAUAGUAGAAGUACAUAAAGGAUAGAUGUGGAUAAAUCGGGAUGAAGACGGGGAAUAUUCUGUUUAUUGUCAUCAUCA